AUGGCGAUCGGAUGGCAGCCCCGACUUACGGCGCUACUCUUGUUACUACUCUUCCAGGUCAUCAACAUUGCGAGCGACAUAGUGUUCUUCAGGACGAAGAUAAACCUAUCGCCAACGAAUCUCGAAAAUGAGCCACUUGAGCAAAACCCUGGGCCACCUCUUGACGCAUCAUUGAUCAGCAAAGCGAAAAGACUUCUUAUGAAGGCUGACAUAAGUCGAGUUCUCAUCCCGCUCCUCUUUACUACACUGAGUGUGGUAAUAGUAUCUGUGCUUUUCUCUGGCGCAAGCGACACAUAUCGCGCCACAGAGAAUGCAUGUAGCACGAAGCCGGAUGCCGACAUCAGUGGCGUCGGCGUACGCGCCUCUAUCUGGGGACAAAUUGCAAUGCUGAUCUUGAUCAGUAGCUCGGGUCACCUGCAUAAGAAAGAGACAGCAAUCAAAGAAGUUGCAGGCGGCCUGAUUCUCACACAUGUUUCUCUCGCCAUCGCCAUUAUUGUACAGAUGUACAAAAAGACAUUGACAUCCGUCGAUGCGGCGAUCGGCGCAGUCAUCUUGGACGCCCAAAACAUCGCUCUACUCAUCCCUGUCACUGCCAAACAGACCCUCGCAGCUCGAUGGCAGGUGCUCAUACUUAUACCAGCCCAGAUCCUCGGUCUAGUAUUCCUGCCAGUGCUGGUGGUCAAGUUCACCAAGGGAGGCUUCGCAUCGCAAGACUGCAAGUGUCUUACUAUCUUCUGGUGGUCCCGGUUAAGCGAUUGUAACGCCUUCUCCGGUAACGAGCUUUCUCUCUUCUGGAUCUAUUACACGCUUCGUUGGAUGAUGUGGAUCCACUCGUCCUUCCAUUCUUUGUACAACGCCGAGUGGUUCCACAGAUCUGAGAAAGAAGGGCGCAUUCCAAUCUUGAACCGCGAUGGUACAAAGCCAAAGACGUAUUGGGAAAAGGCUAUAGCUCUAGCGCGUGAACUGCGGGAUUCAAAUCGACAAGUAACAAAGGCUACUCUACAGGCUGGCCUGCUGUAUAGACAAUACUCUGCGACGAUAUCAGUAUCGUAUACGGCAUACGCUCUAUACUCGCUCACGUCUAUGGUAGUUGCCGAAGUUACCAUUGGAGAGUACAACCUCCAACCAAGCUCCAACGCCAACUCGAUCGGUCAGAUAAUUGCCGUCGUGGUCUCGCUCGCUACUCUCCUUCGAGUCGUUUGGAGCUUCCAGAGCCUCUAUAAUGACGCCGAGAAUAGUUCAUUCCCGGACUUCAUCUUCUCAUUGCUUUCGCGGUCCCCGUCGAGUUGCUGCUUCGGCUCAAAUGUAGAAGAGGCGAGCGAAGAUCCAGCUCCGAUCUUGUCGAGACCAGAUGAAGAACAGCCUGGGAGGAUAUCAGAUACCGAUAGUGGACAUGGUGGCUCAGGAGGAUCGCUACCUCCGCAAACCCCCGCACGAUCUUCACAAUCAUCCCAUGGAGCGGUUGGCCUAGCUGAUCAACAUCUUGGGCCCAAUCCUAGAUCACCUCACCCAAGUAACAGCAGAAAUUCCUCCGAUAGCACCAACUUGCCAAAGACGCAGCCACAUCGGCCUUUGGGACAGAGCGGUCGAGCACAGCGACUUCCACCGAAUCGUGCAGUGCCACAGCGAAAACGAACCGACUCUUACGGGCCAGCAUACCGAUUCGAGUUCCACCAGCCAUUCCAUCUAGAUGCUGUCAAACUGCUCUUUCUGCCUACAGUCACCCAAUAUCUGCAGGCUCGAAAAGAGUCAAAGGCUACAGUUCCGAUCAGCGAGACUAUGAUUCCGCCGCUAAUAACGCCUCCGACACUUGAUCAGCCAAGUGCCUGCAUACCACCUGAACAGCUACAACAGGACACCGGUAAGGAGGAAGCUUCUCCGCCGCGUCUGGUCGUAGAAGCUUCGACUUCCGCCGAUGACGAACACCCCGUCAUUACUAGCGCCAAGCCCCCAGUUUCGUUGCACGGCAACAAAAUGUCAGAGACGGGCGGCUUCGAUUCGACUGAUCAGCCACAAAAAGGCCAGGUACUCGCAGAAUUACAUCCACAAUCUGCUAUACGACGUGAUAUGACCCCAGCACCGAUCUCAACCCUCCCUGGACCACAGGAAUAUGAGACAGCCGCUGCUCAAAAGUCCGAAGAGCAACAACCUGCAUCCCUGGGAUUCCCAAUACAGAUGCCAGAGGAAGGACGCAAAGGUACACAGUCCGGUGUGCCGCAAGGUGACGUUUCUGAACACACAGAGGAGAAUAAUCCGGCGCCAGAGUCGCUCUUUGGUCAGGGGCGAGACUUUUUUACCAAUCCAGUUCUUCCGACUUUGAAUCCCACCAAUACAAGCCCGGGGUCAAAGAUAGAGCUCCCUGGUAUCGCAGACCAGUCAGAAGGAGGCGAAGGACCACAAGAACCGGAGGCUCAGUCUCAGGAGGGUCGCGUAUCAAUCAGAAGUGUUGAUCACAUCGACACAGGGCCUGACAUGGACGACCCACGGAGGACAGACCAGUCUGCAGAUUCCAUAUACCACAAGAGAUUGCAGCUUGAGUCUCCAAAAUCUUCGCUCAACGAGGUGGACGAAACUCUGCCAGAAAGGCCGAUACCGAGCCGGGCGUCUCAUCAAUGGAAUCGCGUUCUGAUGGAUUUAGGCAUCAUCCACCGCAGACAAUUACCACAUGGCUUGCUCGAGCGCUGGGUUGCUCGAAAGUGGCGCCGCGUAACACAGGAAGCGAGAAGAAGAAAGAAGAUUCCUUAUGAGCCUGACGUGCGAUCCGGAUGUCCCGGCAUUUCGAGAUUAUGUAAAAAGGGACCAACUAUCUGGGAAGAUUAUCCCCCAUUUAGGACACACUUCAAGACCCAUUUAAAAGAUCCCUUUUACAAAAGCCGUAACAUUAUGGCGUGCAUAUCAUGUUUAAGGUCUAAUAGAUCCACAUUUGCCGAUCCGGCUUUUUGGGAUGUUGAGUCUGAUACAUCCACAUAUGCCAAGCUGGUUUUUAUGGAUGUUGAAGAUCUCGUAUGGCACAUCUGGGACAAACACAUGCACAAGGCGGAACGCGACCCAUCAUCGCCACCGCUAGCGAAAGCAGAGCAGGGCAAAGGGAAAUCAGCGGAGGCUUUACAACUCGAAGCUAAACAGCCCAUUGAUGCUGAAAUGGGUGAAGCGGGUGGAUUGGAAACCACUAUCGACCGCAAUGUCUUCUAG